AUGUCAACUACGAUAGACGCUGAGGGUGAUACUAUGGGAGAUUUCCAACACAAUUCUUCCAUCGGUAGAACAAUCACAAUUAUCAUUGUCGCAUACUCACUGGUGCAUUUUGUGUGGUUGCGAUUAGCGUGGCUUUGGUAUGCAGUAAAACCACCAGCACCUAAGCGAACUAAACCAUGCAGUGUGCUUGUUGUGCUGGGAUCAGGGGGUCACACAGCAGAGAUGAUGAGGCAAUUAGAGACACUUAAUUUGAAAAACUACUCACCGAGGACUUAUGUGUUAGCAG